AUGACCAGUUGCGUCUUUUUAUCAGAGGCAAAAGAAUCCAUCAAAUUUAUAAAAUCCUCGCGUCAUGAGGUUGUUGGUGGAGAAGCCGAGUCUACCUACCUACCCUACCUGUCAUGCACCUUUGACAACCUGCGUCCGACGGGCAGCCCAGUACAAAAGCAACCCCGCCACCUGAUACCUGGAUACCUGGGUAACAAGGUUAGCAAACGAACCAAGAGGCCUUGCCUUCUUCCCCCUCCAUCGAACCACCCGAUCAGCAUCACGCCACGCCUUUUCGAAAUUGGCAUUUCUCUUCUUCCGGCAAUGGCUUCCAUCACGGACACGCCAGCUCUCCCGCGGCCAGGCUCCCCGACCGGCUCCCCUCACGGGCCUUCCACCACCUCCCUGCAGGCUGCCGCGACAGUCAAUGCCGGCCUCCACAGAGAGCUCUCUCCACGUAAGCGAAGAACGCCCCCCGUCGUCGACCGCCCGUCGACCUGUUUGAGAAACUUGCGCGCGCUAACACUGACUGAAGCACCAGAAGGCUCGUCGACGGGCUCCCUCGCGCGCGGCCACCGGUCGUCGUCCAAUGCGGGCAGGCGUCGGUCCAACGUCUUGAUGAACCUGCAGCUCAACGAUCCAGCCGUCCCCGGCCCCGGUGAGAUGGUCGCCGAGCAUGCUAUGCAUCCGCCGCAGCACCACCGGGCCCCCAGUCUCGGCGAGCUGCACCAAGAGCUCGAGGCCGAGCAAGAGGCUCAUGUCAACCGGCUGCUGCAGAUGAUUCGCCAGCAGCAGCUCGAGCUUCAGCGCCUCCAAGCCAGCAACUCCGGCGGCGGUGCUGGCCACGGCGCGUCGGCGGAAGACAGCAGCGCCGUGUCAGACCGCGCCGGGCCGCUCGCUUCGCAGGGCCCUGUGCCAACCCCACCGCUGGCUGGGUCGUACCCUCGCUCGCCCGUGUUCCAUCACCGGCCGUCCCUGGACAUGGCCCGCGCCGACCUCCAUCGCCGGUCUAGGACGCCGAGCCGCGGGGCCUCGCCACGGCUUCGAUCCACGUCGAUUAGUGUCGAGAGUGGCGACUGGGCCCUGGGCGGGCGCGAUGAGAGCGCCUUUUACCAAGCCGAGGCGCAGAUGCUCACGCGAGAAAACCAGAUGCUGAAGCAUCGCAUACACGAACUACAAAAGCAGCUCAGCGAGCUUUCGGCCAGCCAGGGAUCGAAUGAGCCGCCCACUCCGUCAAGCCUGGGCCGCUCAAGUUCGACGGCGGCUGAUGCCGCAGCCGAAGCCGAGGCAUAG